CCAGCGGCUGCCCCGCGCCGCGAGCUGCAAACAAAGGCGCGGCCCCGGCCCGCCGGCCCCCCGCGCACCCCGCCCCAGCCCAGCCACUCCCGCUGGGCGCCCCGACGGGGUCCGGCCCGGGGCGCGGGGGCCGCGGCCGCCGAGGAUGGGGAAAUCCAACAGCAAGUUGAAGCCUGAAGUUGUGGAGGAGCUGACCAGGAAAACCUACUUUACUGAGAAAGAGGUCCAGCAGUGGUACAAAGGCUUCAUCAAGGACUGCCCCAGCGGGCAGCUGGACGCAGCGGGCUUCCAGAAGAUCUACAAGCAGUUCUUCCCGUUUGGAGACCCCACCAAGUUCGCCACAUUUGUUUUCAACGUCUUUGAUGAAAACAAGGAUGGGCGGAUUGAGUUCUCUGAGUUCAUCCAGGCGCUGUCGGUGACCUCGAGGGGAACCCUGGAUGAGAAGCUGCGGUGGGCCUUCAAGCUCUACGACUUGGAUAACGACGGCUACAUCACCAGGAACGAGAUGCUGGAUAUAGUAGACGCCAUUUACCAGAUGGUGGGGAACACCGUGGAACUCCCCGAGGAGGAGAACACCCCCGAGAAGAGGGUGGACCGAAUCUUCGCCAUGAUGGACAAGAAUGCCGACGGGAAGCUGACGCUGCAGGAGUUCCAGGAAGGAUCCAAGGCGGACCCGUCCAUCGUGCAGGCGCUGUCCCUCUACGACGGGCUGGUAUAGUCCAGGGCCCAGAGCUGAGAUGCCUGGGAACCACUCACCUCCUCCCGUGCCAUGAGGCCACCUCCGCCCCGACACCACCACCCUCCUGUGUCCACCCAGCCUUUCUCCGCAUCCACGCCCCGCCGGGCUGCCCUGGAACCGUGAGGCCCGGCUCUCCUCCACCCGCCCCGCACCCACCUGCCGCCUGAAGCCACCGGCUCCAAUUGCCACCAACUUCUGCUUGUCUAGAAAGCGACAGUACGGAUGGGAAAAGGCUCCAGCCCUCUGCAAAACCAAGGACUCGGCUGCUUUGCAGGCGGCCUCUCGGUCCCUCCUGCUCUCCUGCGUGUGUGCUUUUGUUCUUUAUUUCAAACAGACAUUGAAAAAGAAAAAAAAAAAAAAAACAACUACCUUCUGUCCUAGAAGAUUCAGACUGACAGAUGGGGAGAAGGCCUCGGGGACGUCAAAGAACUCUGCCUCCUGCCUUGACCUUGUCAGCGGGAGAGGCCACGGAAGUCACGGCCUCGGCCACGGGGGGUCGGGGGGUGGGGGGGCUGCCUGCCCAUCGUGAUUUGGCGCCCCAUCCUCCAGCAGCAAGACCACCUGCGCGGCUAGGAUGAUUAAUUACAAUGUUGAUGAUUUUUUUGUGAUAACAGUAUUGUGCUUUUUGUGGGGAAAGUGAGGUUUUUUUUUUUAUAUACAUAUAUAAUUGAUACCUUUUAUUUAUUGGUUGGUAACUGUUGCUGCUGCCUCGUGUGUCUGACGCUCCCAGGGAUGCGGGGCCCACCGUUUACACGUGCACGCCCUCGCCCACCUUCCCAGGCGCUUGGGAUGAUGGUGGCCUGCAGCGGCCAAGACGCCAAAAAUCUUUUUUUUUUUUUUUUUUUUUUUCAGAUACUGUGCUCGAUGGAGAGGGGAAAGGUGGGCUUCUUAAAUGGCUAAUGCACUGUUCCCUCCAGCUCGAAUGCCUCCCUCCUGGAUCUCUUUUCUCUGUUCCCAGUUCACACAUCUCUCGCUCCUGUAUCCUCCUCUGGGUCCAUAACCUCUUUUCUGAGGACAAACAAGGGACAUCUUCCGGUUUCUCAGUUCUUGCUUUGGUGUUCGCAGCGCCAUGGAGAGCGGCGAGGCUUGUGCUGAGACUGGGAGCCAGGAAGGGGCAGGGGUGGACCGAGAACCUAAGGAGAGAAGGAGGAAGGAGUGAGCAGAUGUAAAGUCUGUGUCUCCCUCCUUGGUGGGUUUUGAGAGUAGCCGCUCACCCUGCUUUCCUGCCUUCCUGCCUGCCUUGUCCAGCGGACCACAGUAUCUUUCUCUCUUUUAGCUGAAAGGCCGGAAGGGAGAGGCGGAGAGAGAAGGGCCACAGGCAAUCCCAUUCAGGUAGCUUCUUGGGCUGUGGCCCACAUGUGCUCACAGGAAGCUUCUAGCUCUGCCUGCCACUGAGACAGGGCAGGCCCACAACUGUCACCAGGAAAGUCAGAUGACCUUGGACCAGAAGGCAGGAUCCUGAGGCUGGCUCUUGCUCCGUGAUUGUGGGCCCCAGCUCCCCCUGCUGCAGAGCCGGGAGGCCUGGGCUGGGGGAUCCGAAGGCUUCCCUUCGUGCUGAUGCUGUCUAAUUCUAAGCUUGGGUUUCCUGCAGUUGGUGAUUCUGCGGUCUGUGGCUAAGUUUACAGACCCCAGCAGACACGGGGACUGUCUGAGUCACUAUUUGUCUCAGCACAGUCUUCAGGGACACAGCAGCCACUGGUCGUGGUGUGUGGGUUUGGAUGACAUACCCUGUCCCUCCCCACAGAGCUUCCUGGUUCCUCCUGGACUCUUGAGCUAUCUUUCAGGCCCAGAACUAGUCCUCACCCAGGGAAGGCUUCUGGGUGAAAAGCAGCCUCCCAGACUGUUUAGGGCAAGGCCGGAGUCGAGAAUCCCUGCUGCUUCUUUGCGAAGUCAGCAGUCUAUCACCUCCUGACUUAUCCCGGCCACUGGAGGGGAGGAGCUGACCCUCGGCCCCCACUUUAAAUUGCCCUUGGCGUCCACUUCGCACUUUCCCAGGAGGCCAGAGCUUCUCCUGCUAACCCUAACUCUCACAGCAGACCCUCCGCCAGAGAGCGGCUCUGCCAGCGUGGGACUUGCGUGUCCGCUCCUGCAGGCUGGACCGCUUGGCCAGCCCCUGUCUCUCCCUCCUUGCAUUUGCCAGCCCUUUGGCUGCCCUCUCCCUCCACUGGAAGCCCCCCAGAUCCUGCGGGGAUAGGAGCAGUAGUUCCAUUUUCACGGGUGACUUUGAAGCUUGGGCUCUUUGAGGCCCCUGCGGUCACCUUCCUGCUCAGGCCACUGGCCUAGGAGGCCCAGUACUCACCACCAAAUCCUGCAGUUCCUCAGCCUGGCUCUGACCUAGGACCCUAGGGCAGCAGGUGAACUUGGUGGCUUGGGGCUGGAGAUGGGGAGAGCGGGGCCUUUCCCCAGGUCAAAAGAUUUCUCUGGCCUCCACCUGAGCCUCGAUUUACCUCUCUGGUCCAGUGGGCAGGAGCUUUUGUGCAGCCUGUCCUGGAGCAUCACGGGAAAGGGCUUGUGGCUAAGAAUUAUCCAAGGUUAAGCAUGUGGGUCCCGCCAGCUGAGACAUUGAUUCCUAGGAGUCUAGGGAGAUGUGUGUGCAAGGCUUUCCUCCCACCUCCUCACCGUUAGGCCUUUUGGUUUGGAGUUACGCGCGUGGCUUUUGACCUUAGCAGGCGGACCCAUGCCCCAGGCACACCUUGGGUCCUUGCCCAGAGACAGUCCAGAGCUGCUGGAAGGGCCACGCUUCUUCCUGGCAGGGUGCUGGACACUGGCCAUUUUUGCCCGAGGUUGCAGGCAGGGACAGUUCCGUCCCCUCCUCUCACCAGGCCUCUAGCUGCAGCACCUGCAGAGCCCUGAGCAGCCCAUGGGCCUCUCUCCCCAGCACCGUUUCCCACCCGAGGCCCAGCCCCAUCAACUGCUGCUCUCUGGGGCUUCCAGACCAGCCAGAAGCCAGGCUCUUAUCCCUCGCUCCCGAGCCCAGGAGCAGGGGCCAGCCUCGGGCAGUCCGUCUGCAGCAGCCCUGGCCUCUUCCUCAUAGAAUCUGCUCCCCACUCUGCGUUGAUGGUACUUAGGAGAACGUCAUGAGUUUCCAGUAUUUAACCAGGCAACAUUUAGAAUAACGUCAAGGCAGAUGUGUGUCCUCCUCUGCCCCUGAAAUGCUUUUCAUUUUGACAGCCAACUUCCUAGAUGAAAGAUGCAUCUGGGCUUUCGGGGACCCUGUCUCUUCUUUAGGGGGUUGGGGCGUGGGGUUCCUGGGCCCCCUGGGAAGAGGCAGCCUCUCCCUGGGGAAAGACCCACUGCUCACCUAGUGGAAAGCUACCGGGUUCCCCGUGGUUUCAGCUUCUAAGGAAUUGAGGGGAACGCGGGAGCGCCCCCUGGUGGCGAUGAUCAGUAAAGGCAUUUGGGGGACCUGACCAGACAAAUAGGCGAUUUGAGAGGGAGGCCGCAGAUGGGGAGGCGAGGGGGGGGGCUAUGAUCUCAUCCAGGCCCUGGGCUUCUAGCCCCACCUUAUUGGCAGCAUGUCUCCCAGACGCCCUUCUUCUAGGUCUACCCCAGAGAUAGAAAGUGAAUCAGCAUAAGGGCACUGUAAUGGGAAGCCUUGCCCCCCGACCUUUUUUAAUAUCUGCGGAAUAAACCCAAUGGUUGAUUUUUGAAUGAAUAAAAGGCUUUUGUUGAAUACACAGCUGGUCCCAUCUUCUGUCUUGGCAUCUAGGCCUCUCAGGCUUUGUCUGCUCCCCAUGAUUGGGACAAACGCAGAAUCCCCUCCACCUCCACGCCCACUGCCCCCUGCCCAGGCUGUACAUUUCUGUUUUCCCUGUGUCUUUGCCUUGACCCAUGGCCCCAGGGAGGGCCACAGGCUCCCAGUCUGACUCAGUGACCAGCUUUCUCCGGGACUCUGGGCAAGUCACUUCUCACUGGGACUCAGUUUCUCCAUCUGUCAGAUGGGAGUGAGUCUCUGCUCAGCCCAUGUCACAGGGCCAUUGUGGGGAGCAGACAUGAGCGGAAUCAUCAGCGCCUCGGCCGAGGUGAAAGGCCAGUGGGAGUCUGAAUUGUCAUGGUGCCCUUCCCCCCCACCAGAGCCUGCAGCUUUGGAAAGGAAUUUGGGCAACUCUUACCAAAAAAAAAAAAAAAAAACAAUGUUUCCUGGGUGGUGAUUUUCUUUGUUUGCCUUCCCAAUCCCUCUGAGCCUCUUUUGGGGUGUUGUCCUGUCUGAAUCUGCUGGUGUGUGUCUCUGGGGGAGGGGCAGGCCCUGGGGUGGACAGGGGCCACGUAGCAUGCCCAGGCCUCCUCUUGUGCUCUCGUUGUA